CACAAAUGGGCUAAAUCUGAAAAGAAAUUAGGGCUUAUUUUUCUUCGCAUAUAAUUCACCAAACAAAGAGCUUUAGACCUCAUUUGCUGCAGCAGCAGCAGCAGCAGCCUCUCUUUCUCAUCUUGUGCAUCUCCCUCUCUAUCUGGAUUUAACUUUCAUGUUUCAAAGUUCUAAAUAUAUCUAAAUUGUGAUUUGAGCUUUUAGGGUUUCUUGUUGGUCUAAGCAAUUUUCAAAGAUGCAGAAUGAAGAGGGUCAAAACAUGGAUCUUUACAUCCCCAGAAAAUGUUCGGCCACCAAUAGGCUGAUCACUUCGAAGGAUCAUGCCUCGGUUCAGAUUAAUGUUGGACACUUGGACGAGCUCAGCAGAUACACCGGAACAUGCUCCACUUUUGCUCUUUGCGGCUUUGUCCGUGCCCAGGGUGAUGCCGACAGUGCCCUUGACAGGCUUUGGCAGAAGAAGAAAGCUGAAGUCCGUCAGCAGUAGUUGAACGUGGGAGGGGAAAAUGUUUUUUUUUGUCAAUGACUAUUGAAUUCUAGUUUGUUUCUUUCAAAGGAUUACGUUGAACUUGGUUUGUGGAUUUGUCAAUGUUUCCUACUCGGUUUGCUUGCAUUGAACCUAAUACAUCGUUGCCUCUCUGUUUCCUUGA